CUUACGACAUUUGGGAUAGUUUUUUUACGUGACGUUUUUCUAAUUUAGAAUGUACAUUUUCUGUGAUUUUUACACCUUCAGAUGCUUCGUAAUGUUAUAAUCUGUAUCGCCACAUUGAUGUAUAUUUUUGGGAGUGAAACCACAAAGGCAGCAAGCAUUCUAAGACCGAGUAAAAAUUUUCUUGAAGAAGUCGCCGAUUUUGAUAACAUAAUCGAGCCUGUAAAUAUCCAGCCUGGAAACAAUCUUGAAACGAGAGAAAGCGGUGACGAGGAAUAUUACGACGAAGACUGUCCAAACGGAAAAUGUCCUCGUGAUGCAGAUACAAGUACAGCUAAGUCAGUCUUAAACAAAUUAGGAUCAUCAUUUCUUCACAAGUUCUUCGCAAGAAGUACCAACGAUGCCGACAAAGAGGAAAAAGAUCAAGAGAAAGCACAGAGAAUUGAUCCAAAAAAUGAUGAAGAAUUUAUGCAAAAUCAACAAGAUUACGAAAACAUGACAAAUGCUACCAAACAGUUGUACGAUCAACUUGAAGAGUCACAAGUGACACUGGGGAAAGAAAAUAUUUGUUGUGAGGAAGAAGAGCCAACUACAGUAGCUUUCGUCCAAAUGCCCAAAAAAAGUGGAAUACGUGCUUCUAAUGAUUUCCUAGAAAUGCAUUUCUAUAAACAACUACCGGAUACCGACAGUAUCAAACUUGUGCCGCACGAACAACCAGUUUUGAUUAAUUUAUUUCCAAAGCAUGAGAAAAACCGUCGAAUGGAAUCUGCCAAAAAAUACGAUUAUAUUGCUCUCGUGCCUCAAGGCAAUAGGUUAAUACAAGUCCCUGCUGUCAAGUUUACUGUCCUACCAGAAUUCAAGCGAAGAAAAAAAGAUAUUUAUUCGCCUUACUUUUCAAAAUUAAAAAGGAUUUAUCCUUUCAGACACGGUUCCAAUUAUCGACAUAACUCACACUCUUUCUCAUUUAUUGAUAACCGAAUUAAUGAUAACGAGCCCCGAUCUAAUAAAUUAUACAAAAGAUACACUAAUUUGGACGAUUCGAAUAAUAAAUAUUUAGAAGAGGCCGAUUUUUUGAUACAUAAUCGUCGCAUUUCGUUAAAAUCUUCUCUGGAUACUUCAAAUAAACAAGCAAGUGAAGAAAAUUCGAAUUUUAAUCAGAAUCUUGUCGCCACUGAGAAGGCCAAAAGCGAGGUUAGUUCGGCGGAAAGAGGGCAAGGUUUAGUUAAUACCUUGGAGGAGGGGCAAGGUUUAGUGGAUAGUGAGAAAGGGCAGAGUUUAGUAGAUGUGGUGGAGGGAUUAAGUCAGAGCGACAGUCUGAUUGGCUCGAAAGAAGGAGGGGACAUUGGUUUAAUCAAAAGUGAGGUUGGCAGUAUUGAGGAGGGGCAAGGUUUGCUCAAGAGUGAGCUUAGUGGAAUAGAGGGGAGGCAAGGUUUAGUAAAAAGUGAGCUUAGUGGUAUGGAGAACGGGCAAGGUUUUGAUGAUAGCUUAGUAAAAAGUGAGAUUAGAAACAAUGAGGAAUUUCCCUAACUGUAUAAAAUAAUUUUUGUAUAGAUUAUAUCUAAAAUAUAUUUUAUUAAAGCUUGUGUGUAUAAA